CGGUGCCGCGGAAAGAUGGCCUAUCACCUCAAAGCUCCGCCGGACCUACGCUGCGCCCCCGAGAGGCCGCCUUUGCUUCUGGGGCACCGCGCAGCCUCCCGGCCUUCGCACCGGGAACCGUUUCCGGGGCGAAUGCUUUUCGUAGCUGACCCGGUGCGGCCCGUGACGCGAGGGCCCAGACGGAAGUGCGGGCUGAGGAGCCGGAGCCCGAGCCGGAGCCCGACCGAGAGCAGGUCUCGGGGGCUCCGGCUGUGGGGACUGCUGGGCCUGGCAGCGAUGGCGACCCUGUGGGCCGGCCUCCUUCGUCUCGGCUCCAUGCUCAGCCUGUCCUGCCUGGCGCUCUCGGUGCUGCUGCUAGUGCAGCUGUCGGACGCCGCCAAGAAUUCUGAGGAUGUCCGAUGUAAAUGUAUCUGUCCUCCCUAUAAAGAUAAUUCUGGGCGUAUUUAUAAUAAGAACAUAUCCCAAAAAGACUGCGAUUGCCUUCAUGUUGUGGACCCCAUGCCUGUGCGGGGGCCUGAUGUAGAAGCAUACUGUCUACGCUGUGAAUGCAAAUAUGAGGAGAGAAGUUCUGUUACGAUCAAGGUUACCAUUAUAAUUUAUCUCUCCAUUUUGGGCCUUCUGCUUCUGUACAUGGUAUAUCUUACUCUGGUUGAGCCCAUACUGAAGAGACGCCUGUUUGGACAUUCACAAUUGAUACAGAGCGAUGAUGAUGUUGGGGAUCACCAGCCUUUUGCAAACGCCCACGAUGUGCUGGCCCGCUCCCGCAGUCGAGCCAAUGUGCUGAAUAAGGUAGAGUAUGCCCAGCAGCGUUGGAAGCUUCAAGUUCAAGAGCAGCGAAAAUCCGUCUUUGACCGUCAUGUUGUCCUCAGCUAAUUGGGAAUCGAAUUCAAGUCUGCCAGCCUCAUCAAAGCCCUGACUUACCUAUUUGAAUUUUGCACUGACUAUAUUAUCUGGACAUCUGGUUGGCCUGUGGCUGCACUUCAUGGUAAAUUGGACCUGAAAUGCCUGGUGGCUCUUCACAAGAUGCAGAUUUUCUUCAUGUACUGUGAUGUCUGAUGCAAUGCAUCCUAGAACAAACUGGCCAUUCGCUAGUUUACUCUAAUGAAUAAACAUAGUCUUGGUGUGUGGUCUUUCUCAUCUUCUUCUAGUAUCUUUAAAGAUGAAUCCUAAGGACUUGGACACUUGCAAUAAAGAAAUUUUCUUUUAAA